AUGAGCCAAAAUGACACACUGGUUCAUUUAUUUGCUGGAGGAUGCGGUGGAACAGUUGGUGCAAUCCUGACCUGUCCAUUGGAGGUUGUGAAAACUCGUCUACAGUCCUCCUCCAUCACACUAUACGUUCCUGAAGUUCAACUCAGUACUGUCAAUGGAGCCAGUGUGGCCCGCAUGGCCCCUCCAGGACCAAUCCAUUGCCUCAAGUUGAUCCUGGAGCGAGAAGGGGCUCGUGCUCUCUUCAGAGGACUGGGACCCAAUCUUGUGGGUGUGGCACCUUCCAGGGCCAUCUACUUUGCAGCGUAUUCCACAGCUAAGGAGAAACUGAAUGGAGUGUUGGAGCCAGACUCUACCCAGGUGCACAUGGUGUCCGCUGGGAUGGCAGUGUGGUGGGCCCCUUCUUUGCUCUGUGUGUACAGAGGAGAGAGCACGGCCAUUGGUCAACCGGGGCCCCUGGCACUCGGGCGGACGCGUCAGGGCUUUAUUAUAAAGCUUUCACCCCUACGUGAUUGGGUGGGAGACCCCCGCCAUCUGAGCCCCCCAAAUCUGCAGGCUUCUAGCUGCAGCGGGGAGGAGCUGGAGGAGCUUUGCCCCUCCCCCGUGAGAUUCACAGCAAUUACAGCUACCAACCCCAUCUGGCUCAUCAAGACCCGUAUGCAGCUGGAUGCAAGAAACCGCGGGGAGCGGCGCUUGAAUGCGUUGGAGUGCGUGCGGCGCGUGUACCAGAUGGAUGGGCUUAGAGGAUUCUACAGAGGCAUGUCAGCCUCAUACGCUGGUAUUUCAGAGACUGUGAUUCACUUUGUCAUUUAUGAAACUAUCAAACGGAAACUACAAGAGCACAAAGCUCAAACCAGCAUGGACGAAGAGGAAGAGACUGUGAAAGAUGCUUCAGACUUUGUUGGAAUGAUGCUUGCAGCAGCUACUUCCAAGACCUGUGCUACCAGUAUAGCUUAUCCUCAUGAGGUUAUACGCACAAGACUACGAGAAGAGGGCACCAAGUAUCGCUCGUUCUUUCAGACUUUAUUAACCGUUCCCAAGGAAGAAGGAUAUCGAGCACUGUAUCGUGGCCUGACCACUCAUCUGGUCCGACAAAUUCCCAACACAGCCAUUAUGAUGUGCACCUAUGAAGUUGUGGUCUACCUGCUUAAGUGCUAG